CUACUGCGGCGCGUGCGCAGUCCGCCGUCCUUCGCCAUGUCCUCUAGCCGGCGACCGCAGGCGCCCGGCAUGGCGCAUGCGCGCGGCGGCGGCUCCGAAGCUGGUGGUGCCUAAGUGGGCUGGCGAAGCGGGCGGCGCCGCGCGGCGCAGCUAUGGCGGGGGCCGUGAGGAAGACUACUGGGCUUGUAGGACUGGCGGUAGCUGAAAAUCCUCACGAGCGCCUGCGAAUACUGUACACAAAAAUUCUUGCUGUCCUGCAAAACAUUCCCAAAGAUGCAGCAUAUAGGAAAUACACUGAGCAGAUUGUAAAUCAGCGAAUUAAUUUGGUGCAAACGGAAACUGAUGUGCAAAAACUACAAGACAAACUGAAUAGUGGUCACAUAGAAGAAGUCAUUGUACAGGCUGAAAAUGAGCUUUCCCUGGCAAGAAAAAUGAUACAGUGGAAACCAUGGGAGCCUCUAGUUGAUGAACCUCCUUCUGACCAGUGGAGAUGGCCAAUAUAAUACUCAAAAUGGUGUAACUUCUUGAAAUUCAAAAAAGUUAAAUAUUGAUCUAAUGUUACUGACAAUUGUCCUUAAAUUAAAGAAAAUAACUUAAUAAAAACAUGUUUUGUUUUAA